AUGAACUUUGCGGAUCACUUCGACGGGUGCUCCUUCAUCUAUGAAGAUGACCGCACAGCCAUCGCAAAUGAGCAUGCGAUGGACAAGAAAAGCCAUCCGACCCGCGAACGGCCCAGAGACCGCGGAACGCCAGCCCUGGAUCAGCACGAGAACAUCCGCGCGUGGCUGUCCGGGGUCGUCGUCGACGACGAGAACAAGCCCCUCGUCACGGACGUGCUCUCCGCCCUUGGCAACCUACCGAGCGCGGACCCCGCGCACCCGCAGGGCGGGGAUAGCCCGCCGAGGAACCAGCCGCAGCAGGGGCAGGCAAACGUGAAGGUGCACACGAUGGGCCCGGGGUUCUUCGGGAGGGCGCCGCCGUUCGGGUCGUCCGAGUUCCUCGCCAACAUGGUCCUGGUGGCGAUCCUCCUGUUGUUCGCGCCGGGCUUCACCAUCUUGGCGGCGGGCGUGUUUGUGACUUCGCGCGUCGCCGAGCGGUGGGUUGGGCAGGACCAAUGA